UCUUUACCAUUAUUAUCCUCGUUUUUGUCUUCCCACCUGUUCUUUGUCUUUUCUUCACUUUUCCGGCGAAGUCGCCGGAAAUACAAUGUCGUCACCGGCUAAAAUCAAUGCUCGGAGUGCCGUAGAAAAUAAGCAAUAUCCUGCACCAAUCGCUACCCACGAGAUCCUUAUUCAAGACUCCACAGUUUUUUGGGACAGUCUCAGGCGCUUCCAUUUUCUAAUGGGCACCAAGUUCAUGAUUCCUGUGAUUGGAAGAAAGGAGCUAGAUUUGCAUAUUCUGUAUGUGGAAGUUACUCAGAGGGGUGGUUAUGAAAAGGUUGUUGCAGAGAAGAAAUGGAGGGAAGUAGGUGCUGUAUUUAUGUUCUCUCCAACUACAACAAGUGCUUCAUUUGUGUUAAGAAAACACUACUUCAGUCUUCUUUACCACUAUGAACAAGUUCACUUCUUUAAGAUGCAGGGUCCUCUGAGUAUACCCUCAGCUGCAUUUUCUGUUACCAGCCCUUCCAGACCUGACCUGGCUCUAGUGGAAUAUUCCCCAACUAUUAACGAUUAUCCGGAUUCACAUAUUGAUGGCUCUUCUUGUUUCACGGCAAUUGGAACAAUUGAUGGAAAAUUUGAUUGUGGUUAUUUGGUGUCUGUGAAAUUGGGUUCAGAGACUCUUAGUGGUGUGCUUUAUCAUCCAGAACAGCCAGGUCCUUCCACUUCGGUUCCCCAAUCUAAUGGUGGUGCUAUAGUACCAUACUUAAGAAACCGCAAACCUCGCCAUUCUGGUCGUCGGAAGAGAAGCAGAAGAAGGGGAGACCCCAGCUAUCCGAAACCCAACAGAAGUGGUUAUAACUUCUUCUUUGCUGAAAAACAUUAUAAGCUCAAAUCUCUCUACCCUAAUAGAGAACGGGAGUUCACAAAAAUGAUUGGCCACUCCUGGAACAAUCUCAGUGCUGAAGAGAGGAAGGUUUACCAGAACAUCGGAUUAAAAGACAAGGAAAGAUACAACAGAGAAUUAAAAGAGUACAAGGAGAGACUGAAGCUCCGGCAGACUGCAGAAGUUAACGAGUGAUUAGUAGAGCUCAUGAAUAGGAAGAUAAAAAAUAGCCAGAAAAUUUGGUGCCCAUCUCUUAUGCAUUAGAAACCUAUAUGCAAAUAUAAACUGUUAUUUAGGACUUGGAUCCUAUAAUACAUACAUGCAUUCAGCUGAAACUGUUUCUCGGAAUCCUGGUUAAAUUGAUGUUACUCUUCUACCUUA